UGACAGCCUGUAAGAGGGCAGCAGCUGGCUUGGAGCUCCCUCUUGCAGUGGUUCCAUCUGCUUCCUGUGCAAUGGAGAGCUGCAAAGCAUUACUGGGAAUCUGUGACAUGGGCACAAAGGAGUGAAUGAGGGGAGCAAGACCCCCCAUUUCCCCCCCUCUCUCUCAUCACAAGAACCCCCCCAGACCAGAGCUUGCAGCUGCAUCCUGACAAUGCAUUGCAAGAGAGAGCUGGAGCAGCAAUCAACCACCAUCAUCACCAUCUUCUAGACUGGAGAGCCUGGCAAGGCCAGAUCAGCCCCCUUCCUUCCCCCCUUGUUGCAGGGUGUCAUAGAACUUAACAUGGAAGGAUCCAGGCAAAGCCGGCUAUCGCGGCCCCACAAGAUCAGCGAAUCAUCUAAGUUGUAUCAGAGUCCUGACAACUCCAGCCAAAUCCUUCACAGCCUGGACGAGCAAAGGCAAAAGGGACUGUUCUGUGAUGUCAUCCUGGUGGCCGACGACCAAAGAGUCCCAGCCCACAGAAACGUUCUGUCCGCCUGUAGCGACUACUUCAACUCCAUGUUCACUAUUGGCAUGAAGGAAGCCCACCAGACCGAGGUGGAGCUGGUCGGGGCCUCCUACACUGGCCUCAAAGCGGUCGUCGACUUCCUGUACAGCAGCGACUUGACUUUAGAUGGCGGCAACAUCGACUACAUUCUGGAGACGGCCCACCUCCUUCAAAUCUGGAAAGUGGUGGAUUUCUGCUGCGAAUAUCUGGAGAGCGAGGUCGGCGAGGAGAAUUACCUCUAUCUACAGGAGCUGGCCUCCAUUUACAGUCUGGAUCGGCUUGGGUCUUACAUCGACUCCUUCAUCUUGAACAAUUACAGCUGCAUGGCUUUCACCAAUGACUACUUGCAGAACGUCAGUGUCCAGAAGCUGUGCCAGUACCUUGCGAGCAACCGGAUUCAGCACGUGAGCGAACACGAAGUUCUACAGUCCGCUCUUCAGUGGCUGACCCACAACCCCGAUCGAGAGGGCCAAGCCUAUCAGAUCCUGCAGAACAUCCGAUUCUCACUCAUCUCCAAGAGUGACCUUGUGCAACAGGUGAAACCUGCCAUGUCGUCGCUCCUGCCAAAAAACGCCAGCUGCGAGGGCCUGGUGGAUGAAGCCAUUCAUUACCAUUCCAAUGUGGCUGCCCAGCCGCUCCUCCAGAACAUCCGCAGCUCUCUUCGUAAUGGAACAGAAAGGCUGCUCUUCAUAGGUGGGGAGGUCUCUGAACACUGCCUCGAGCUCAGCGAUGAUGUUUACAGCCUUGACCUUCAGAAGGAACAGUGGCUCUCGGAGACUCGACUUCCGGCAAGAAGGAGCCACCACUGUGUCACGGCCCUGGGUGACUUCAUCUAUGUCGCUGGUGGGAGCUUCUCAAUCGAUGAUGGCGGUGACGCAGCCUCCAACAUUCUCUACAGAUUUGAUCCUCGCUGUGGUCAAUGGAUCCAGGUGGCUGCCAUGAACCAACCUCGAGUGGACUUCUAUCUGGCCUCGAUGAGUGAUAAGCUGGUCGCGGUGGGUGGGAGGAAUGAAAACGGGGCCAUGUCUUCGGUGGAAAUCUACUGCCCCCGACUGGAUGCCUGGACCUACGUGUCGGAGCUCCCCAGAUUCACGUACGGCCAUGCAGGCACCGUCCACAAAGACUUCAUCUACAUAUCCGGAGGACACGACUACCAGAUUGGCCCCUACAGGAAGAACCUGCUGUGUUACGACCCCCGGGCAGACGUCUGGGAGGAGCGGAGACCCAUGAUCACCGCCCGGGGCUGGCACAGCAUGUGCACUCUGGACGAAUGCAUAUAUGCCAUAGGGGGGAGCGAUGACAACCAGAACUCCAUGGAGCGCUUUGACAUCCACAGCGUGGAGUGCUACAGUCCCCAGUGCGACCAGUGGGUGCGCAUCGCUCCCCUUCUCCAGCCUAACAGCGAAUCCGGCGUGGCGGUCCUGGAUGGCAAAAUUUACAUCCUGGGUGGCUACAGCUGGGAGAACACCACAUUCUCCAGAAUGGUCCAGGUCUACGACAAGGACAGGAAAAAAUGGGUGAAAGGGUCCGACCUUCCCAAGACCGUGGCCGGCGUCUCUGCUUGCGUUUGCGUGAUGAAAAACAGAGGCGACGACAGGAAUAAAAAAAGCAAGAUGAAAAGGCACUCCGAUAGAGGAUGGUGAAGGGCGGCUAGCGAGGGUGAUGAACCCAUUGCAAAGACUGAACCUUCCAUGUGUGUGGACUCAAAGUGUACCUGUCUAGUACGCAGUGAUUUUGUCCAUUGAGAAGUUGGCAGUUGCUUCCUCAUUUUAUUUUAUUUUUGCCGCCGGUGAUGUCGCCAAAUCCUCAGUGCCGAGGCUCUUUUUACCCCUUUCUAGGGCAGUUAUCUGCAGAUUAGUAACUAAUACAGGGCAAUAUAAGCUGGGAACUUUCACUGCUUUGUUUGGCAUCAAUCAUUCUGUUCAAUGAGAGAUCUACGGCCCUGUCACAUAAAAAUAAAUAAAUAUUGUGAAAAUAAAGAAAGAAGGACCACG